CGCCGUUAAUUGCUCCCCCAAACCGCUCUCCCCUGAUCCUCCGGCCCGCGCGCACCGCGAUGCGUGCGUGCUCACGCGGCCCCUCGCGGCUAACGACCCAAGCCGACGCGAGAGGCGAUCGAGCGGGAAUAAUGGCGGGGGCGCAGAGCGUGCAGGCGCUGGCGUCCUCGCUGGGCGCGCUCCCGUCCGAGUUCGUGUGGCCCGAGCACGAGCAGCCGCGCGCCACCACGUUCCGCGGGGCCGCGCCGCCGCAGAUCCCCGUGGUCGACAUGUCCUCGCCGGACGCCGGGCGCCGCAUGGCGGAGGCCGCGGCGGAGUGGGGCAUCUUCCAGGUGGUGGGCCACGGCGUGCCGGCCGAGGCCGUGGCCGAGCUGCAGCGCGUGGGCCGCGAGUUCUUCGCGCUGCCACAGGAGGAGAAGCAGCGGUACGCCAUGGACCCGGCCGAGGGCAGGACCGAGGGCUACGGCUCCACGCUGCGGAGGCGCGGCCUCGAGGGCAAGAAGGCCUGGGCCGACUUCCUCUUCCACAACGUCGCGCCGCCGGCCGCCGUGAACCACGCCGCCUGGCCGGAGAACCCAAGGGGUUACAGGCAGGCCAACGAGGCCUACUGCGGCCACAUGCAGCGGCUCACGCGCGAGCUGUUCGAGCGGCUCUCGGCGGAGCUGGGGCUGGAGGGGGGCGCCAUGGCGGAGGCGUUCGGCGGCGACGACGUGGUGCUCCUCCAGAAGAUCAACUUCUACCCGCCGUGCCCGCAGCCGGAGCUCGCGCUCGGCCUGGCGCCGCACACCGACCUGAGCACGCUCACCGUCCUCCUGCCCAACGAGGUGCAGGGGCUCCAGGUGUUCAAGGACGGGCACUGGUACAACGUCGAGUACGUGCCCGGCGGCCUCAUCAUCCACGUCGGCGACCAGAUCGAGAUCAUGAGCAACGGGAGGUACAAGGCCGUGCUGCACCGGACGACGGUGAGCCGGGAGAAGACGCGGAUGUCCUGGCCGGUGUUCGUGGAGCCGCCGCCGGAGCACGUCGUCGGGCCGCACCCGCAGCUCGUCACCGACGAGUUCCCGGCCAAGUACAAGGCCAAGAAGUUCAAGGACUACAAGUACUGCAAGAUCAACAAGCUACCACAGUAGCCAAAUCCUUCGAGAGAGACCUUUAGCCAAUAACCCCCUGGUUCAUAGGUACUGUAAUCCUGCUUUUCCUGCGUGUCGGUUUGGAUUUCCUUCUUUCGUGGUUGGGAAUUUGGGCAUGUGCUUUGUUUGGAUGUAUGGAAAAAGGCUUUUGUCC